AUGUUCAAGUUAGAAUCUUACAUAACUCCUUUGUUGCUCAAUUAUGUUGAUAAAUAUAUUAAGAACUUGAAACCUGAAGACUCACAGUUUUCUUUAUGGGGUGGAGAUGCUGUGUUUUGCAAUUUGGAUUUGAGACUUGAUGUUUUGGAACAAGAACUGCAAUUGCCAUUUACUUUUGUAAAUGGCCAUAUUCAUGAACUGCGCAUACACAUUCCAUGGACUAAAUUAGGAUCUGAACCUGUGAUCAUUACUAUUAAUACAAUUGAAUGUAUUCUCAAACUGUGUACUGAUAGUGAUGUUCCUGACUGUGAUGCAAAGACGGUUUUAUUAUCUAAGAAGAUAUCCAGCAACAAGCUUUUAAAAAGACCUGAAGUUAUUGAAGCGCCACCUGGAUAUGUACAAAGUCUUAUAAAUCGUGUUAUUAGUAAUAUUUCAAUUGUUUGCAAUAACGUUAUUUUGAAGUAUGUUGAAGAUGAUAUUGUGCUGUCUUUGAACAUAAAGUCUGUGGAACUAUUUAGUGUUAAUGACAAGUGGGAAAAAGCUUUUGCAGAUUUAAGUGCUGCUGUUCGAAAAGUUAUACACAUGCAAGAUCUGACUGUCUGCUUAGACAAGCGGGAUGCCAGUGGUAAAAUUGAAACAUACCAAGACCCUUUGUUGUAUCGUUGUUCUUCUACAUGGCGGCUUUAUAGCAUUUACAAUUCUCCUCAUUCCAAAUAUCCAGCUGUAACGAGGAUACAUAUGUUUUGUGAAAAUUUAGACUUUUCACUGACUAAUCAGCAAAUUCCUAUGUUUCUCAGAUUGAUGAAUCUCUGCAUAGCAUUACAGAAUCAAAGUACUUUCAAAGAUAAAGAAGCUAUGAAUGUAAUAGAUGAUAAGACUGAUUGUACUACUUCUACCAUUGAUGAGCAUACAGCAUUUGAAAGCAGGACUCAAGAAGAAAGUUGGGGAAAUUGGGCUUGGUCAUUCAUACCAGAUAUGACUCCAAUGUGGAAUGCUUCUGAAGUUGAAGAACAAGAAAAAGAAGCAAAUUUAUUAAAAUCAACUAAAAUUCUUCAUUUUGGUAUAUAUAUUGGGAAGACCUCCUGCAUUUUGAAGCAAACUGUUGUUGUACCAGAUCCUACUUGCUGUGGCUCUUCAAAAUUCAUUUUUUCUCCAUUAUUGGUUCUUGAUUUGUAUGGUUGCUGCAUGGAAUUCACUUCAAAAGGCAAAGACUUUGUAAAUAUGCAGAUUGGUAUUUCUGGCAGUACAGUAACUGGCUUAGAAGAUUGUGCAUGUGGAUACGAAGAUUUUUCAAGCAAUGAGUCUCCAAAGGUAUUUCUGAAAUCUGGUGUACCUCCUAGCAGUGGUCAUGCCUAUAAUUUUUUAUCAUCUUCCCUAUUUGAUCCAUUAGCUGUCGAAAAUUGCAAUCAGAGGAGAAAGUAUUGUUUCAACAAAGAAGAACAUUUGUCAAAGUUUACGGAAGAAGUUUUAGUAGAGAGGUUUCCUGCCUUUGCUUUUGACUAUCUUUAUGAACUUGAUGUUCCUGAGGAAUGGUUAGAUAAAAUGUCUACUGUAACAACUCUUUUUUUGGAGGAAAGUAAUUGGCAUGAGAGUUCUACAUGUCGUUUGGUAUUUGGACCCUUAUGUGUUGAUGUAACCAGUAGUUUGGUUCACAGAAUAUCAAAACUAAUAUUUUCUGCCAAGGAUGGUGAUUACUCAUAUUAUUCUGAAUCAAGUAAACCAUCUUCACAUGCAGUUAAUAUUGAUGAUGAUAUCAUAGAACAGCUUGAAGAAACUGUACCUGUUAGAAUGUAUCAUCUGACUUUAUUCAAACCAGUCAUUCGAUUAUAUGUUGCUGAUCAUAUAACCUCUUUUACAGCUGCAAAACAUGAAUCUAAAAGGAAAAAAAAGAAAAACAUACGGUCAUCUAAAUAUUCCAGCAUUCCAAAAGCAUCUGAAGCAAAUGUUUGCGUGGAGCUAUAUGCAGACUGUGUGGAUCUGCAGUCAAGCAUGCCCAUGUAUCCUCUACGUCUUGUGAAAAUCAUUGAUAAGUUGCCGGAUACUUCUCAGUUUUUACUUCAUCAUUGCUACAACUCUAGUUCUGUUAAGGUAUUUGACCUUGAAGUGUCUCUUCAAAAGGAAAGUGUUUCACUGCUACCAGAACGUAAUAUCUUACAAAAGACUUCAUUGACGUUUUUCAUGAAAACUCUAAUGCUACCUGAUAUUUGGACUAAUCUCAAAAACAUUACUUUAUGUGAAUAUGCAUUUGAAUGUGAUAAAAUUGGCAUUGCUUUGCAUGAAGCCCAAUUUUUUAUUUUAUUAAUUAUUUUUCACUCAUGGACUUCAAAGCAUUUCAAUUCUAUAGGAGUGGAAAAAAUUAGAUCUAUGAUGCAAAUUUUAAAAGUGGGUCCUGCUCUGUUAAUAUUGCAUAUUAGUGGGUCGACCAUUUGUUUUGAUCCAGAUUUCUUCUCCUGGCUAUCAUCUGUUGAUAAAAUAAUGCCUACAGGUUUUGAUUCAGAGCAAGAGUUGAGCUUGACUAGUUCUAUUGAUUUUAAAGAAAAUUCAACUUGUAGUAGUCGUACAAAAGAGCAGUCUGUUAGCCAAUCAUUGUCAAAAUCACAGUCAACUCUUCUUAAUUUUGCAAGUAAAGAAGGAUUUCUUAAACGUUUACAGAUCACUUUACUUGAAUGCAGUGACUUUUUGUCUCAACUUGUUUUAGAGAUUGAUAUUGAAAGUUUAUGUGGGCUUUUACCUCAGCCAUGCACAUCCAUCAAGCAGUCUUCAACUACUGCUUCCGCAACAGUCGCUUUAUCAAUCAAGAACAACCAGAAUCAAUUAGGUCUCUGUAUUCAUAUGGAUAGCAAAUCUGUGAAUGUUGUUUUAUCUCCUUUUCAAAUGCAGAUGUUAGUGAAUUGUCUUAAAGUAAUUUUACCUGCUUCUAAUUUUAUUGAAGUAAUUAAGUCUUGGAAUUCAUAUUUUUGUUCCAAAACUUCUGAACUAUCAGAGUGUGGAAGUGUACACCCAGAGGAUAAAAUUCCUGAACUAUCUAAAGCAAAAAAUAUUUUUGAUGAAACUAAUGCAGUAAAUAAAAAUCUACCUGGUGGAGAUGCAAGCACUUCUGAAUGUAAAAUAGUAAAGAAAUUGACUGUUUGGUCUCAGCUAACAUUAUCAAAACUAAGUGUUGUACUCAUAGGAAAGCUGCCAAAUUCUUAUGAAGAAGAUUUCAAAGUACAGCUUGACAUUGAAGAAAUAAUUUCAUCUUUAGACAUUCAAAAAGUGUAUUCUAAGUUCAUCACAAAACUAACUUCUUUGGGUGCGCAUUGCUUUAUUAGAAAAAAUGAUGAAAGUCAGUGGCAUCCUGGACCUUAUGAUGGGUGUCAUAACCAACCAUUUUUGGUUGCCACAUAUACUCGAGCUCUAUGUUCCAAUGCUAAGCAGAAAUGGAAUUUAAAGCAGAACUCUAACUGUGAUGAUAGUGAACUUGAAUAUAUUAGUGAAAUCGAUUUAAAAGUUAAAUCUUUUGAUGCUGUUUUAUGGAUGUCGGUGUUUGACGUUAUAUGUAAAACGUUUUAUAUAUUUUUUAGACUUUUUCAAGAAAAUUGUGUAAAUGAUACUGAUGAAGGCAAAAGUCCUGUUGGAGCACAAUUUUGUAGUAAAAAUCUACCUCUUUUAUACAUUGAGACUAACAUUGUUAGAAUGUAUCUUCCUGAAAAUUCAGUGCUGGAUUCCUUUGAAAAUAUUUCAGAUGAAAAAGACAACUCUACUACUGCUAAGAAAGAAAUCCUACUUUUGCAGUUAGACUACAUAACACUUACAUCUCAAAUAGAAAACCCUUUAAGUAGGAUUAUUUUAAAUUCAGAUUUGUAUUACUCUGCAAUAAAUGCUAAAACGGAAGGAUUAUCUGGAACUGCUGUUGAAGAUCGUCAGUAUCAAAUAGAUAUCAGUGGUUUGGUGUUGGGUUCUGUUUCAGGAAUUAAUAUUUUGCAUAAAGAAGAAUUUAAAAAGGACCUACACUCUUAUCACCCCAUUACAAUGGGGGAAAAUCCUGCUUUGGAAUGGAACAUUGGAGUUGUGAGAGAAAAAAGAAAUUCUUCACCUACUACUUACAUGAUAACAUAUAUUGUGUCACCCAUAAAUGUGAGAAUUGCAAUAGCCCCAGCAAUCAUUUGUGAUAAUCCAAACAAAACAUUUUUAAAUGAGAAAAUAAUUGUUGCUGGUAUAUCUUUUGAACUAAGUAUUACAAAAGAUAUUUGCUUCUAUUUGAGUGAUCACCAGAUAUGUUUUAUAUACUCUCUCUUCAAAAAUAACUUAAAUUUCAUCACUGAACUGUAUUUAAGUUUAGAAAGUACAGAAAUUUCAAAAAAGGAUUCCUCAGUGUUUUCAAAUGCUGUUUCCAGCCCAACUAAUGACACAUGUGUUUCUAACAUAUAUAUGCCACCACAAAUUUUUAAAGAAUCAAACGAGCAACCUAAAUUGGCAAUGAACAAAAAAUUCAACAAACAUAACUUUGUACCAUUUGAAGCAUUAGUUACUGCAAGUUCUAUAUCUUUUACAUUUUUUUAUCAUGAUAUUGGAAAAAUUAACAAUCUGAAUGAACAUAGUCAUUGUGAUUCCAAGCAUGAAGAUAUUUCUUCUUCAAGUAAAACAGAAAAUGUAUCUCAGAAAUCAAGAUUACAUCCAUAUUUAUACAUAUCAGUAACACAGCCACAUAGUUACAUAUUAUGUUAUCCUGACCGACAGAAGUUUGAAUCCUCAUGUUUUGAUCUACUUGUAAAUGGCUCAUCAUCUGCUCAUGUUGUUCAAAAGCCUCAUACAUCUUCUGUAUUGAAUCCCGGUGAUUUUAAGCUUUGUUAUUUGGAAACAAGACCAGGUGAGCCUCAUGUAAAGACAGGUAUCAGGCCAGCUUUCUUUACUAUAAGGAUUACAGACUUCUUGAGCACACCAGGUACCUAUUUUUUAAAAAAGUUUAUACAAAAAGAAAUAGAAGUUUUCAAUUCUGUAAUGUUCAAUGCUGAAGGAGGGAUUGAGGACCAGAAUCUAAUUAAUGAAGUAAGAAAACGUAAAAUUUGGACUGAUGAUCUGAGAAAGGGCAUGUUCCAGUUUAUACAAGCUUAUGACCAAGAUAUUGAACCAAAGCCCAAUGAAAUAGUGUUUUGUCCAGCAUCUAAAAAUCAUCGUGCAUCUAUGACCUGGUGUUAUCCUGAACCAAGAGCAUUAACAAAGGUGGAAGUCUCUCCUGUCCCAUUUCAGUGUGAUGAUGGAAAUUCAAGCUCUGAGUUUCAAAUAAUUACAUGCUAUUUGCAGUAUUGGAAUUCUACUUCACAGGAAUAUAUAAAUUUAUGUGAUUUUAUGCUGUCAGAAACCAAUGCAUUUGCUUUAGAUCUACCAAGCCUAACUUCAGAUUCUUUGGGUGUUUCUGACAGAUGGAGAGUCCUGUUAGAUCGUCCUACAUAUAUAGAUGAUGAUGGAGCUUUUGGAAAAGAAAAUCCUUGCUUGUCUCCAUUAGCAUUGGCUGCAUGCAUGUGUAUUGAUUCAUGCUUUGAUCCUUGUAUUACACCUGUAGUGCAAGUUAAAGUGACAUCUGAACAAAUUAAAGUAAUUGCUUACAAUUACUUUGAGAAAUCAGAUACCAAUCUUAUUCUACAUGGUUUUAAAUUUGAUAAUCAAUCGCCUUCCAGUCAUGAGUUUGCUGCUCUUUCCUUUAUAACACCUGUAAUUUCAUAUAUCAAAUGGUCAACAAAAUUGAAAGGAGAGUUUUCUUCUGGAUUAACUUGUGAAGUAUUGGAGUACAGAAACCUCACUAUGCUACCCAUUAUCAGCCCUGUUGAUGUGCACUGUAAUACCUCCAUUAAUUUGUUUCAAGAAAAGGUUCCUGCAAUUGAUAUAGAACUGACUUUCCAACCUUGCUUUGUUCACCUUACUCAAUCUGUAGUUCAUACCUUUAUGUAUACAAUGAACAUCUUUUCCAAACAUUUUUCUUGGCUCUCUUCGUUUCAAGAUAAUUAUUAUGAUUCUGUCCUUCCAAAUUAUUAUUUCAUUUGUAACAAUUUGAGACAGAGUGUAACUAUUGGACAGGCUGGAACUGAAGAGUAUAUUCAUUUGGCUCCAUUUGAGGUUCAUGCUUACAGUUGGUGGUGUCAUAAAAUUCAACAGAAACUAAGAAUAAGCAUGGAAAAAAUCUUGCCUAAGUGGAGUAAAGAAUUUACUAUUGAUUCUGAGGGUAUUCAAGAAGUGACCCUUGGCAGUGACAUCAUUUUUGUUAAAGUAAAAUCAUUAUCUAAUCUUCAAAAACAGGUAAUACUUGAUGGCCAACUUGUGAUCCAUAAUCAACUUCAUUUCCCAUUACAAGUGAAAAUAAAUAUGAGUGGUUCAGAAAAUUGUUAUAUUGAGCCUGUUUCUUCCAUGAAAACUUCUGCAGCACAUUUGAUAUCUUCUGAGAAUUAUGAAAGCUUGUCUAUCGCCAUUUCUGCAGCUUCCAACAGUGAGGUGUGGUCAUCAGAAGUUCAUGCUCAUGACAAUGCAUUAAUUAAGAUACCUUGGGACUCUGAUCAUCAUUACUGCAAUGCAUGGUGUCAGAUUGCUUAUCAAGAGUUAACAGAACAUUCAUUCUGCAUUACAGUCUUUAUUUCUCCAUUAUUUGUGUUACGCAGUAAUUUGCCAAUUCCACUGAAAGUUGACGUUACUUCAAAAGGAGAUGAUUUGUACACUCUUGAUCUGAUUGGAAGAGGGAGUGAAGUAAAUCUUUUUGAAAGUUCUGAAUGGGAUCAUAAACUGAAGCUAGAUUUUCAUUCCAUGCCUGAUGUUGCUGUAUCUGUAUCAUCACUGACAAUUUCUGUGUGUGACUUGUCUCCUAUUACUUUACAAUCAUUUACUGGGAAAGAAAACCUGCAUGAAGUAUGUCAUAACUUGCAAUCUCGACAACAUGAACUAUGGCCAUACAGUUUUCUUGAAAGGAAAACAUCAAGUACAUUUUCUUCAGAUUCCCAGUAUUUUGGGUCAGAAAACCAGUCUUCCUUAGCUCCUGCAAUUGCUUCUCAAAAUGUGUGCUUCAGACUUAAGGUUGAUCGUGUGCAAAGAUGGAUUGGGUUGAAUUCUCUUUUAGUAGACAUUAAGCCUUAUGUAAUAUUAGUGAAUAGGUUAAAUAUUGAUCUAUAUUUAUUUGAGAAAGGUGAAAUUCAAUGGAUGUUGCCUCCUAAUUCUGUUGCUAUGCCUACUUCAUCAAGUGAUGGAUUUCAACUAAGUGUGCUGGAAGAUGGAAAACAUUUCUUUUCUCAAUUUUUAAAAGUAGAUGAUGCUUCCAAUAACAGCAAUUAUCCUUCAACUGUUCAUCCAAGUUCUUUGCUGUACAUUCCUAACAGUGGCAGAAUCAGUGUUGUGAUAAAAAUAGGAGAUAAACGGGAAUAUGCUCUCACGCUACUUGCUAGUGUUUUGAUACUAUACAUUACACUAAGUCCUGCUUGUUUGUUGAAAAUAAAAGCUGAAGUUCAAGAAGGUAUUAUCAUCAUCACAGUUUUUCCUGAGAUUUCAUUUUUAACUAAAGCAAGUAAAGAUUUGCAGCUAUAUCUUCUAUGCAGCUUUAAUGUAGAUAAAAAGAUGAAGAAGGACUGCAGACAGUUUAUUGCUGUACCUUUCACAUCAGGUUCAAGUUCCUUUUCAUCAGAGCCUUUUGUCAUAACUAGUCAUAAACAUGAAGAUAUACUCUAUCUUAUUCUUAAGAAUGAUCCAUGUCCAUUGUUAUUGCUUCAUAACCAAACAGAUAUGGAUAUGUUUUACGGGCAAAGUCAUGUAACUUCUGAAGGAAAUGUAAUUUUUGAAGAAAUACAGACUCCAUAUAUAGUUCCUUUAUUGAAAACAAAUAGCUCAUCAUAUUACAUGUUCCCAGCUAUCCAAGAAAUGUUUCCUAAUAUUCCAGAUAAAGUACCAUUGCUGUGUUUGGGAAUCACGAGCAUGGAUAAUAAAUACUUAUGGAGUGCACCUUUUGGAAUAGACAUUGAUAAGCAAUUUGUACAUAUCCUUGGUGUAUGUGACUUCAUGAUUCAAAGCAAACAGAUAGGUCAUACUGUUCACUUGUUUAUUGAUUCUGUCAAUCGCAUUGAGCUGACAGCUAAAGAAAUACGAACUAGAAUAGCUCAAGCUACAAAGACUAAUACUCAUAACUCUUCAGUUGAGGAAAGUAGUUCUGAAGCAGAUAUUUGUGAUCAAAGCAAAAAUGUUUUUAAGUACAUAAAUAAAACUAAGGCUUCCAAAGUUCUAGACAGAAAAGAACUUAUGACACCUAAAUUACCUUUUCAUGUAUACAUAAAUGCAAGAAUUAUUCACAUUAGCUUAAAAAUUUGUGAUGAAUUAAAAGAAUUAAAUAAAAGCAUAGAGGUUUUACGGUUGAACAUUGAUAACGUUCUGUUAUUUUCCAGACCAAGCAGUGAAAACUUUCAGUCUAAUGCUCAAGAUAUUUCUUUGUGUUUGGAGCAUGUUCAAUUUGAUAAUCAAAUUGAUUUGGAAAAUAAUAUAGUAUAUGAUUUUCCUGUGAUACUGCAAAAGUACAUUGCCUCAAAUGCUAAUUCAUCUGUGAGAGCAGAAAGAAGUGAUAUAUUCUUGCCAAACAAAGUUAGAGAAAAUUCAAUGUUUAUAAUGAAUGUAGUUGUUCAGUUAGGUUCUGAGGAACACAAUUUUAUUUUUAAUUCACUGAGCAUAAGAGUUUUACCUUUAUCACUUUAUGUGGAAGAUACUUUCUAUUACCGAAUUUGUAGUUUAUGGAAAUCAUAUAUAGCUACUAAAUGUCAUGAGCAUUAUUCAUCAUCAAAUGAUGUGGAAUUCCCAAGAGAAUUAACUUUUAUAUCUGAAUCAUUUGUCAAUCCUAUUCAUUUUCAGAAUUUGAAAAUUGAAAUUUCAGAAGUUUCAUUGAGUCUACAUGCUUCUUUGAAAAUCUAUCUUUCACUUGAACAGUCAAUGCUUCGUUUUAAACCUUUUGAAAAGAAGAAUUUGUUUUCUACUCCAUAUGAAGUCGGCCGAAUGCUUGUUCUCCAUUAUUUGACUGGAGCUUUGUUCAGAGCUGGCUGGGUUGUUGGGUCAUUGGACAUUCUUGGAAAUCCUGCUGGAUUUGCUCGUGCUGUUGGAGCUGGAAUGAGCGAUUUUAUAUAUUUGCCUUAUCAAGGAUUAUUUCAAGGUCCUAGAGCAUUUGUAUCUGGACUAUCAAAUGGUGCUUUGUCUCUUUUUACACAAAUUUCAUCUGGUGCUCUUAUUUGUUUUGCAAGUUUAGCUUCAAGCAUAUCAAGGAAUAUGGAUUUUAUGUGUUUAGAUGAUGAACACUUAGCUCGUCAAGAGCUAAUGCGCUGCCAUUUACCUCAUGGUGUAUCAGAAGGAUUACUGCAAGGGUUGAGUGGCUUUGGACUUAGCCUUUUAAGUGCAAUAGCAGGCAUUGUAGAUCAUCCUCUUAAAGUAUUGAUCAGCCCUUCAACACCUCUGAGAACUGCUUCUGGAAUAGUUGGUGGCUUUGGCAAAGGAAUCAUUGGAAUGUUUACUAAACCUAUAGGUGGUGCUGCUGAACUUUUGUCUCAGCCUGUAUAUGGACUUUUACAUGGAGCUGGCUGGCUAAACUGUCCAAAACGCCAGUAUCAACCUGUAAAUAUUUCUUUUGAUAUGUGCACAAGCAGUUCCUUGAAGUACUCACGCAAAGUGGCUCAGUGCUGUAUAUAUGAAGGAGUUAUUGCCUUAAUGGAAGCUACUUAUGCAAAUGAGAAUGGAGAAUAUGAAAAAAAAAUAUUGUUAUUGAACUCGGAGGCACUUUGUGUUCUUGAUGAAGAUGAAACUACACUUCAAAGUACAUUUCCUGUGUCAGAUAUUAACUGCCAUAUUAUGAAGAGUGAUCGUAGCACACUUAUUGUUCUUCCUGAUAAAGAGUACAAAAAGCAAGAGUCAUGUGAUGCUGUUGACAGAAUAGUUGAAUAUGUAAAAAAGAAUUGUCUGGAAAACACAAAUGUCGAUGAAAAUGUUUACAGUUCUGAAGAUUGUAUGUUGGAUUGUUUGACAAAGUCUACUUCUUCAUAUCAUAUGUUCUUUUUAUAUCCUAGGGAAAGAAAUUUGUUUCUUACACUUUUCCUCUAUGCUAAAAACAAAGCUAUGAAAAAAGGGUUUUACACUUGUUGA